GACUGAGAGUACACACACACACACAAAACAAACAAUCAAUACAUAGAUCAACUUUAUCUGUUGUAGGUGAGAGAAUGGAGAUGCGAGUGGUGGCCAGUGUGGGGGCGCUGCUGCUGCUGGCCGUCAACACCACCGCCCGCUCCCUGGCGCCCGUCGACGUCCCCGACCCUCCCUUGCAUCGCCAUCUAUCUGUGUGCCCUGAAGCCGUCCCCGAGCCAGUUGUGAGGCCUGAAGUCAUUCUGAAGCCAGCUGUGAGGCCUGAAGUCAUUCUGAAGCCAGCUGUGAGGCCUGAAGUCAUUCUGAAGCCAGCUGUGAGGCCUGAAGUCAUUCUGAAGUCAGUUGUGAGGCCUGAAGUCAUUCUGAAGCCAGCUGUGAGGCCUGAAGUCAUUCUGAAGCCAGCUGUGACGCCUGAAAUCGUCCCCAGAUCAUUUGUGAAGCCUAAACAGUCUGGUGUAGUCUCUAAGAGCAUCUUUGAUAACGCAGCUACCACCACCACCCUGGACCCUUUCCAUGAGUUCUGCCGCGAGGCGUGUAAGGAGGGCGUGGGAGGACCCGAGUGUGACUGUCCUGACCACCCUGUUGGGCCAUGCCAUGCCCCGCCCUUCCCUCCCACCCUCACCGAGUCACAGUUGCCAGAUGAUCAAGACAGGAUCCGCCAGGCUCCAGCACAGUUGCCAGGUGACACUGACAGGAUCCGCCAGGCUCCAGCACAGUUGCCAGGUGACACUGACGGGAUCCGCCAGGCUCCAGCACAGUUGCCAGGUGACACUGACGGGAUCCGCCAGGCUCCAGCACAGUUGCCAGGUGACACUGACGGGACCCGCCAGGCUUCAGCACAGUUGCCAGGUGACCAUGACAUGGAACACUACCAUCCCCCAAAGCCCCGGAGGCCUAAGGUUCCUGGUAACGAUGGGGGUGACGUUAUUGGAGGCAACGUGACGGGGAGCCACGACUCUGUUCCCACUACCACCAAGGAUUCCCUCAGCGACUUUUGCGAAGUGGCGUGUAAGGAAGGUCGCGGUAGCCUGGCGUGCGAUUGUCCCAACCACAUCAUCGGCCGUCGGUCCGUCCGCUUCUUCACCCACGCACGUAGGCGACUUGCUCCUUCCCCUUACUUUGUCAGCGACACGUUUGGCGACCGCGUGAUAUCUCCAUAGUGUGCGAAAUGGUGUAGGGAUGGGCCGGGGGGCCCCGCCUGCCAAUGUGACAAGCUGCCCUUCAGAGCCCCAGUGGGGUCCCUCUACUACCAUAGCCGGCUGCCCUUCCUCACCAGGCCCUAGCUGCACCUUCUGAAGACGCUGACGUGUUUUGGUGGACAUUCGGUAGCACCAGCCAUAUGUGUGUGUGUGUGUGUGUGUGUGUGUGUGUGUGUGCGUGCUACCAGUAAUGGAACUUAAAAUGUAAAACGGUUACUAAUGUAGGAUAAGAGGUUGUGUACUUACGUUGAGUACAGAAGUGUGUGAGUAGGUCAACCUAUACAUAAAAUUCAACCCAACAAAAACUUUCUGAACGUAACUACGAAACCAAUCGUCAACCAUUCAUUAGUGUGUGUGUGUGUGUGUGUGUGUGUGUGUGUGUGUGUGUGUGUGUGUGUGUGUGUUUAUCCCAGCUUGGAGUGUAUCUCCCCCUCAUAUGAACAGGCGGACAAAACAUUCAUAAAGGAAAAGCUAAAACCCGAAAAAAAAUAGUUGAUCUAACUCCAAACAUGUCUACGAAGUUCAGGAUUACUUUUUGUUCUCACAUGGUGGUGAAGGAUGGUGAUGUGUGUCCCUGUUGUCACAUGGUGAUGAAGGAUGGUGAUGUGUGUCCCUGUUGUC